GGGUGUUGGAGUGACUCAGCCCAGCCUCAGCGCCCCAGUGAUCGCCUCUUGGUCUCAUUUUCUCCGCUAAACGAGUUACUCCCCCCGUCACUCCAGAGUAUUUGAAGAACCAGGAUUUACAGACACUGGAUUGCAACUGGGUGGCUUGAGAUGUCUGGCUCCUAUGAGGAUUCUGUUGGCGUUGAGGUUUUUAGUGAUAGCUUUUGGGAGGUUGGAAACUACAAGCGGACAGUGAGGCGCAUCGAUGAUGGACAUAGACUUUGUGGUGAUCUUAUGAACUGUAUUCAUGAGCGUGCAAGAAUAGAGAAGGCUUAUGCUCAGCAGUUAACUGAAUGGGCAAAACGAUGGAGACAACUUGUAGAAAAAGGGCCACAGUAUGGGACCGUUGAAAGGGCUUGGCAUGCAUUUAUGUCUGAAGCAGAAAAAGUAAGCGAAUUACACCUAGAAGUAAAAAGUGCUCUAAUGAACGAGGACUUCGAAAAGAUAAAGAACUGGCAGAAGGACUCCUUUCACAAGCAAAUGAUAGGUGGAUUUAAGGAAACUAAGGAAGCUGAUGAUGGGUUUAGGAAAGCUCAGAAACCAUGGGCUAAAAAACUAAAAGAGGUGGAAGCUUCUAAGAAAGCAUAUCAUACAGCAUGCAAGGAAGAAAAAAUUGCCAUAUCCAGAGAGGCCAAUAGCAAAGCUGACCCAGCGCUGAAUCCAGAACAACUAAAGAAAUUGCAAGACAAAGUUGAUAAAAGUAAACAGGAUGUGCUUAAGACAAAAGAAAAGUAUGAAAAGUCUCUUAAAGACCUGGACAGUGCCACACCUCAGUAUAUGGAAAACAUGGAGCAGGUUUUUGAACAGUGCCAGCAGUUUGAGGAAAAGCGUCUGCGUUUCUUUCGAGAAGUGUUGCUGGAAGUUCAGAAACAUCUUGACUUGUCUCCUGUUUCAGGCUAUAAAAAUAUUUAUCGUGACAUGGAGCAGAGCAUUAAAGCAGCGGAUGCUGUUGAAGAUCUGAGGUGGUUCAGAGCUAAUCAUGGACCUGGCAUGUCUAUGAACUGGCCCCAGUUUGAGGACUGGUCAGCUGAUCUGAACCGUACUCUCAGUAGAAGGGAGAAAAAAAAGGCUACAGAUGGAGUGACUUUGACUGGUAUUAAUCAAACAGGAGAUCAGGUUUCACCGCAUAAAAAAAAUAGCAGCAACGUUAGUGUCCUGAGUAACACAGUGCAGUCAGUACAGUCAAGUUACAAUCCCUUUGAAGAUGAAGAAGAUUCUGGAAGUACUGUCAGUGAAAAGGAGGACAAUAAAAUCAAAAACGUUAGCAGCUAUGAGAAAAACCAGAGUUUGGGAACUGAAUGGUCCGAUGAAGAAACCAAUAAUCCAUUUUCAUCCAGUGAUGCCCAAGGAGAGUCUAAUCCAUUUGAUGAAGAUGCUUCUCCCACAGUGGAAGUGAGGGUACGAGCCCUGUAUGAUUAUGAAGGCCAAGAGCAUGAUGAAUUGAGCUUUAAGGCCGGAGAAGAGCUAACUAAAAUAGAAGAUGAAGAUGAACAAGGCUGGUGCAAAGGUCGUCUGGACAAUGGGCAAGUUGGGCUGUAUCCUGCAAAUUAUGUAGAACCAGCCCAGUGACAAAUAAUUCUGAAUGUGGUAUUAAUGACGGUCAGUCAACAUGAUGCCUAUUGUAAGAGGAACUGAAAUAUAUCUAUCGAUCCAUCUAUAUAUCUAUUAAUGCAAUCGAAUGUUGGAUUGGUGUGUUCCUUGGGCAAUCUUCAGUGCUUCAGGCUGAAACUGGGAAAAGGCGGGCAUCUUAAAGAUAGCAGAAAGUCAGCAAGAAAAUGACAACAUCCAUUGCUUAUUUACUAUUUUAUCAUAGCUUUUGUAUUUUGUUCCAAAAUUUGCUAAAUCAGUGCCUCAAUUCCAGUAUUUUGGGUGUUAGCUUAUGUUCACUCUUGUUCAAUCAGUUAUUAGUUGAUCUUGGUAAUUUGAAAUUUGAUUUUUUUAAACUGCAAUAUUGCAUUUGUUCUUAGCAAUCUGUGAAAAAUGCAUUUUUAAAAUUUAAAGUUACGUAGCCUGUCAUUUUUCAUGCAUGGUCUACUUCAUCAGCUGUUACAUGAAUUAUGACUCAAAAGUAUUCUCCUCUCAAUCCUGUACUCUUUAAUUUUUUUCAUGCUGUGACCAUGGCUUAAUAGUGUAAAAUGCCAUAUAUAGUAUCUACUACCAAGAUUCCAACAGAAUUAUCUGUAAAUAUUAGGAGUUAGUUUCUCUUGGUGAAUGUUAUUAAACCAUUUAGAUGCCUGAAAUACCAAUUUCCUAAAGGAUGACAUCAUGUGGAUUUUAAACAAUUUCCCACAUUCCAAGACUGUCAUUAUGAAAUUUACAUUUUGCAAGUUAAUGAUUUUAUAUGAUUUGGAAAGUUAAACAUAUAUGAGGUUUAUUUUUUCAAGUAAAAGAGACUAAAAUGUACUGCCUUUUUAUUGAUAUGCUCUUUAAGUUGUCAAUAUGUAUAUAUAAUUUGACAUUAAAAUUAAAGAGCAUGUAUUAAUUA